AUGAGGCGCUACCCCGUGAAAUUUCGAGUCGUAUAUUUUAUUGUCCUACUGAUUUUUGUGUUCGGAGCACUUUGGCUGAUAAGCGAUCGAAAUAAGUCUGUCGCUGAGUAUCGGAGUGAAAUUAUUAACCUUUCCCGGCAGUAUAUCAAAGCGUUAGCCAAUAUUCAAAGUAUCGGCCCCGAUGACGCUUAUAGUGCAGAGUUAACUGGAUAUGACUUGAAGAAGACAUUAGCUGUUAUCCUAGACGAUACACUGCGUCGUGUUGACGAAAUAGAACUGAAACUUUCAAAUUUAACAGUAAUCACUCCUGAUAAGUCUAUAAAACAAAGUUCUGAAUAUCAUAAUCCUGUGUCACUUGUAUCGCAUACUCUUCGUGGUUUGAAAAUGCGCAAUAAUGAAGAAUUGAACUACAAAACAAUUGAUCACUUAGCUCUACUUCAAGAUGCCCAAGAGAAAUGUGUUGUAGACGCGAGAGAUAUAUCACUGUAUCCUGAAUGCUUUUCAAAGAUCGAGUGGCUACGAUCCGGCUGGACUAAUCAUCAGUGUUAUACUGAAUUAGGUGUAGAUGGAUCAGAAUGUUCAUUUGUGAGGUAUCUUAGUGAGGUCGAAAAUUUCUGCCCUCCAUUGGACAGCAGAAGAUUUUUCAAAUAUCGUCGGAAAGCAGAGAUUACUCGAAAUCUCGAGGGACUACUUAGUCUAUUGGCUUCAGAUCAGUAUCAUUCAGUGUCUAAGUCGUUCAUGCGUGCACGACUGAAGCGUAUGUGGCCUGACUGGUUAACAGGAGUUCAACAUUAUAUAAAUGGUUCUACGUCACAAUCUAGUUCAGCAGAUCAUUGUAAACAUUGUUCGUCUGCCAACGAGACUUGUAUUGCCCGUUGCAGGUCUACCAGUUUUGUAGGUCAACCAAUUUUGUUUGGAAGACCGAAGCUUAAUAUUCUGCUCCAUUUAGGAUUCUUAACAAACGGAGUUGGCUAUAGCUUUGAAUCACAUAUUGCUAAAGGUGGUCCCCUUGGUGAACUCGUUCAGUGGACUGAUCUGAUUGCUGCUCUUUACAUUCUUGGACACAAUAUAACAAUCACCUAUGAAGUUGCUGAGGCGAAAUUGAAGCUCCUUAAUCCUUAUCUGGAUUUAGUCCCGUGUCAGGUAGAAGGCAAUAAAUACGAUUUGGUUUACACAGACAUUAUAGGAUACAAAGGAAUGAAAAAACAUAAAAUUCGCGUACCAUCAUGUAAAUUUCGUAUACUGGAUACAUUUGGGACGGAGGCAGCAUAUAAUCCAAUUCUACACAUUUUUUCCUCACACACCGGACAAUUCUUUUUGGGCUUUGUUACUGAAGCAUUUUCUCCUAAAUCCAAACCGGGACCACAAGUAUCUAAGCCUAUUGCUCUUGUGUAUGGAAAAGAAAAUUACAUGUGGAUCGGUCGAACAAAUUAUUUGAAAAUCUUAUCUGAUUACUUUGAACUACAUGGAAAUGUUUGGGGUAAUAAUGAAGAUUUACCGAAAUUUGUGCAUAUUCAUCAAUUACAAUACGGUCAGUCAUAUCUCCAGUUGUUGUCAAAAGCCCAAGUUAUGAUUGGAUUGGGAUUUCCCUAUGAAGGUCCUGGACCAUUGGAAGCUAUCGCAAAUGGUAUCAUUUUCCUCAACCCUCGUUUCAAUCCACCGCAUAGCAGAAGUAACCAAAAAUUUUUCAGGGAUAAACCUACUUCACGUAGUCUUACUAGUCAACAUCCAUAUAUUGAGAAUUAUAUUGGCGAACCUUAUUCAUAUUUAAUUGAUAUGGAAAAUGAAACACAGAUACGUUCAACAGUUGAACAACUGCUUACCAGUAUUACUAAUGAAGGUUAUCGCCCCCAUGAAUAUACUCCAUGGGAUUUCUUGAACGCCUUAAUGCUUACCUGA